AGGGAGCACAGACCCAAGGUUCCAUCCUCUGCCAACUUCUCCACUCUCCAGACAGCUCCUUACCUCCACCAUGACCUGUGGCUUCAGCUCCGUGCGCCGUGGAUUCCGCCCUGGAAACUUCAGCUGCCUCUCGGCCUGCGGGCCCCAGCCCGGCCGCUGCUGCAUCACCGCCGCCCCCUACCGCGGCAUCUCCUGCUACCGCGGCCUCCCCGGGAACUUUGGCAGCCACAGCGUCUGCGGGGGCUUCCGCGCCGGCUCCUGCGGACGCAGCUUCGGCUACCGCUCCGGGGGCGUGUGCGGGCCCAGCCCCCCCUGCAUCACCACCGUGUCGGUCAACGAGAGCCUCCUGACGCCCCUCAACCUGGAGAUCGACCCCAAUGCGCAGUGCGUCAAGCACGAGGAGAAGGAGCAGAUCAAGAGCCUCAACAGCAGGUUUGCUGCCUUCAUCGACAAGGUGCGCUUCCUGGAGCAGCAGAACAAGCUGCUGGAGACCAAGUGGCAGUUCUACCAGAACCGCGAGUGCUGCGGGAGCAACCUGGAGCCCCUGUUCGACGGCUACAUCGAGACGCUGAGGCGGGAGGCUGAGUGCGUGGAGGCCGACAGCGGGAGGCUGGCCUCAGAGCUCAACCACGUGCAGGAGGUGCUGGAGGGCUACAAGAAGAGGUAUGAAGAAGAAGUUGCACUUCGGGCCACAGCAGAGAACGAGUUUGUGGCUCUCAAGAAGGAGGUGGACUGUGCCUACCUCCGCAAGUCGGACCUGGAGGCCAACGUGGAGGCCCUGACCGAGGAGAUCGACUUCCUGAGGCGACUGUACGAGGAGGAGAUCCGCGUCCUCAACGCCCACAUCUCAGACACCUCGGUGGUUGUCAAGAUGGACAACAGCCGCGAACUGAACAUGGACUGCAUCAUUGCCGAGAUUAAGGCUCAGUACGAUGACAUUGCCAGCCGCAGCCGGGCAGAGGCCGAGUCCUGGUACCGCAGCAAGUGUGAGGAGAUGAAGGCCACGGUGAUCAGGCACGGGGAGACCCUGCGCCGCACCAAGGAGGAGAUCAACGAGCUGAACCGCAUGAUCCAGAGGCUGACGGCCGAGGUGGAGAACGCCAAGUGCCAGAACUCCAAGCUGGAGGCUGCAGUGACCCAGUCUGAGCAGCAGGGCGAGGCUGCCCUCAGCGACGCCCGCUGCAAGCUGGCUGAGCUGGAGGCCGCCCUGCAGAAGGCCAAGCAGGACAUGGCCUGCCUGCUCAAGGAGUACCAGGAGGUGAUGAACUCCAAGCUGGGCCUGGACAUCGAGAUCGCCACCUACAGGCGCCUGCUGGAGGGCGAGGAGCACAGGCUGUGUGAAGGUGUGGGCUCCGUCAAUGUCUGUGUCAGCAGCUCCCGUGGAGGAGUCUCCUGCGGGGGCCUCACCUACAGCACUACCCCAGGACGCCAGAUCACCUCUGGGCCCCCAGCCACGGGGGGCAGCAUCACGGUGACAGCCCCCGACUCCUGUGCACCCUGCCAGCCCCGCUCCUCCAGCUUCAGCUGCGGAAGCAGCCGGUCCGUCCGCUUCGCCUAGUGGAGUCCAGAGCCUGCCCUGCCUGUGGCAGCCGAGCACUGAAUGGUGUGUGAAUGCAAAAGGUGUGCUUGCUUCCAGAAUCUUCCAGACGUUCCUACAGAGGGAAAGACCCUUCCUCUGUAGGAGGCUGCUAUCCUCCACCUUCUCAUUUUGGGGAGUUGUGUCCUAGUUUUCCUGGUGGCUUCAGUUUAGAGUCAUUCCCAGCCCUUCGCUUAACUCCAACCUGCCUCCAAAAUACUUGUGGCCAAUUUGUAUUAUCUGUACCAUUCACCAAGCUCUCUGGGACAGGAACAGUCACCUGAGUGGCUGGACAGCAUGGGAGCUUGGCCUUCCCCUGGGUCGAGACAUGACCCCACGACAAGCACUUGCCCGUUCAUCCUGCCUGUGCUCUGCUUGUCUCUUUCAC